UAUUAAUUAAUUAACACAAAAUGGUUAAUCUCAAAUAUGCAUCAUUUAUCUUGUUAAUUGCCAUUGUUUUAUCCCUAACAUCCACUAAUUACCCAAUCUCAUCAUCCUUCAAAACUAUCAUCAAUAAUUCAUUACUCUCAAGCUCUCAUCAUCAUCAUCAUCAUCAUCAUCAUCAUCAUCAUCAUCGUCAUCAUCAUGGUCACAAAAAUGAUAAAAAUGCAAAAGUGAAUAUAUGUGAUGAUUUCCCACCUGAUUUUCCUCCAGCAGAUACGAAUACAACAUCAAUAUUAUGUGUUGAUAGUAAGGGAUGUUGUAAUUUUACAACGGUACAAUCUGCUGUUGAUGCAGCCCCAGUUCUUAGCCUAAAAAGAAUCGUUAUAUGGAUCAACUCUGGCUUGUACUAUGAAAAGGUGACGGUGGCAAAAAACAAGGCAAACAUCACCUUCCAAGGGCAGGGAUACGCCUCUACCGCCAUUGUAUGGAAUGAUACGGCCAACUCUUCACAUGGCACUUUUUAUAGUGGCUCAGUUCAAGUUUUUGGUUCCAACUUCAUUGCUAAGAACAUAAGUUUCAUGAAUAUAGCCCCGAUGCCUAGUCCUGGUGCGGUGGGAGCACAAGCAGUGGCCAUUAGAAUUGGAGGUGAUCAGGCUGCUUUCUGGGGUUGCGGUUUCUUUGGAGCUCAAGACACUCUUCAUGAUGAUAGAGGCCGCCAUUACUUUAAGGAUUGUUACAUUCAAGGUUCCAUUGAUUUCAUUUUUGGAAAUGGAAGAUCAUUUUAUGAGAAUUGCGCAAUGGUAUCGAUAGCAAGUCCUGUUCCAGCAGGGCAAAAAUAUAUAAAUGGAGUGGUGACAGCAAGUGGAAGAGCAAGCCAAGAUGAGAAUUCAGGGUUCGUAUUCUACAAUUGCAGCAUUGGAGGCACCGGAAGAAUCUGGCUUGGACGUGCAUGGCGUUCGUAUUCACGUGUACUUUAUGCAUAUACUUCUAUGUCUGAUAUUAUUGCCCCUGAAGGCUGGAAUGACUUUAACAACCCCAACAAUGAUCAGACGGUGUUCUAUGGGGAAUACAUGUGUUCAGGAGCAGGAGCAAAUUCAAAUGCAAGAGUAGCUUAUGUACAAAAGCUUAACGAUACAACAGUAGCUCCUUUCUUAAACCUUUCAUACAUUGAAGCAGAUCAAUGGUUGGAAAACUAUACUACUAACCUAAUUCUUCAUUCCCCUACACAUUCUCUAACUUAUUGAAAUUAAUACAUAUUGUAUAGUAAUGUAUUGCUCGACUAUUCUUUGAGUUAUGACUUGGGUGUAAUUCUUCAAAAGUAGUGUUCAACAACAUAAAAAAAAAAAUAUAUUGACGCGUAUAAUAUAUGAAGUAUGUAAAUACUUCGAUUUAAAGUUUGUUCUCGAAGUAAUUCUUCGAUUUAAAGUUUGUUCUCUUUGAGUUAUUUCAAAAUAUUAAGUCAUAGAAGUAUAAGAAAGUCAUGAGUUGUGAUUUUGUCAAGGAUAUUUCAUAUAUAAUUUUUUUUUCAUAUUAAGUGUAAAUGCCUUAAAUGCCAAAAAGUGUCUUGACAUUAUCAGUAAUAAGAUAAUGUAAUGUAAACUAAGGUAAACUAAAGUUUGACGCUGCAUCCUUGAUUUUGGAGACUCUAUACAAUCGGACAUCUUACACAUGCCCAAAAUCAACUGAUCAUUGUGUGUGGUUGUAUGUAUGUAAUAACCAUCACAAAUAUGAAACUUGAGUGCCAAACUAGCUAAGAACACUC